UGAAUUUUGACUCACAUAAGUUUCAGUGACUCAAAAACUCUUCAUUUUUUUCCCUUUCUUUUUUCUCAUUUAUGGGUUGUUUGAAGGAAGGUGGGAUAGAUCGUUCAAAUGGAAAAAAGAAAAGUAUAGUACUGCUGGGACCGUCGGGUGGAAAUGGUGGGACCAAUUGGGAUGAUGGGACCUAUCAUGGGGUAAGAGAAAUCACAAUUGUUUAUGACCGUUGCAUUGACUCAAUUCGUGUAGUGUAUAGUAAGAAUGGCAAAUCAAUCCCAGCAGAAAAGCAUGGAGGUCUUGGAGGCAAUCGAACGGCUGAGAUUAAGCUGCAAUACCCAGAGGAGUUCCUAGUCACUGUGAGUGGCCAUUAUUGUCCUGUAGUGCAUGGUGGCAGCCCAGUUAUUCGAUCACUCACAUUCAGGAGCAAUAAAAGGACCUUUGGGCCAUUUGGAAUCGAAGAAGGAACCCCAUUUACUUUCUCAAUGGAUGGGGGCUUAAUUGUGGGCUUCAAUGGAAGAAGUGGUUGGUACCUAGAUGCAAUUGGGUUUCGUUUAUCUCGUGUCCAAACAACAAAACUCUUCCAAAGGGUUCAGAAAAGUCUUAGAAAGCUCACAAGCACUGCUUCAAAAUCUUCAGCCCCCAAGGAUGGUGAAAUCAGAUCUCAAACUUAAAAUGCUGGUGUAGCAUUGACAGCUCUUUAUGGUAGUGUGAACUAUAUUAUAUGUUAUAUACUUAAGCUAAAGGUUACAACCUAUUGUAUCAAUCACUUGCAUUUUCAUUAAUUUAUUAUGAGAAAUGUUAAUGAAUGCUCUUAAGGCAUGAGUU